AUGUCUGUAACAAAAUGUGCAUCUAAGAGACCAUACGUUGUCAGGCCGCCUUCGGAUGGAAAAUGGGGAGCCAAAGAAAACGGGCAGUGGAAUGGUAUGGUGAAGAUGAUAAUGGAUAAAGAGGUCAUAAUGGGCGUGGCUUCCUUCUCCGUCUCCGACCAGCGAAUGGAGGUCAUCAACUUCACCUCGACCAUUGACCGUCAACCUUACACCUUUAUGAUAGCACGACCGAAGGAGCUUUCUCGCGUGAUGCUGUUCAUGGAACCUUUUGCUAAUGACACCUGGAUCCUCAUCGCCAUCACAGUACUGGUCAUGGGCCCUAUUCUCUUCCUCAUCAACCGGAACUCCCCUUUCUACUCGUACUACGGCCUCUACGACGGCAAAGGCCUCUUCAGACUCCAGGACUGCUCGUGGUAUGUCUUCGGAGCCAUCUUGCAGCAAGGCGGCACCAAACUCCCCCUCAGCAAUUCGGGUCGUCUGGUUGUGGGUUUCUGGUGGAUUUUCGUCCUUAUUGUCGUCACCACGUACUCCGGGAACCUCGUCGCCUUCUUGACCUUCCCGAAGAUCGAGAACGCGGUCAGCAGCUUGGAUGACCUGCUCAGGGUCAAGGACUCGAUGACCUGGGGCUACAUCGGGGGCACUGUGCUCGAGGACUACUUUAAAGACGCCAAGGAGAAAUUCGCGGAGAUCGGCGCCAGGGCGGAGAUCCACGACGCCUCCAGCCAGGCCCUGUACGACCGCGUCCGCACCUCGCCCCACGCCUUCCUCGAGUGGAAGACCAACCUGCUGUUCAUCAUGAAGGACGAGUUCAGGGCCACGGACAGCUGUGAUUUCUCGCUGGGCAAAGAAGAAUUCUACCAUGAAAAUGUCGCAAUGGGAGUUCCCAAAGACAGUCCCUUUAUUGGAAGAUUUAACAGAGAGAUCAAGAAGAUGCAGAUCGGCGGCCUGAUCCAGAAGUGGAAGCAGGACUACUGGCCCAAGAAGGACAAGUGCUCCACCACGGCCUACGGGGGUGGAGACGCCACUCGGACCGUGUCGCUGUCGGACAUGCAGGGCUCCUUCUUCCUGCUCUUCCUCGGUGCUGUGCUGGCAGCCGUCGUGAUCUCGUGCGAGUGUAUUUUCCGGAGGCAGAUCAAAAGCGGCCAAGGUUCGCCCACCAGCACUGGCACACUGGUCAAGCCGUUUAUGGCUUAGGGACUCGAGUUCCUGCAAAUAUGAUCACUUUUACGCCCGUUUCCCCGCCUCCUUCUCGCCGGCGCUCC